GACGCGUAGGUUUCGGGAAGGCUGUGAGUUGAUGAUAUAUCAUGCCCGUGAUUACGUCCUCUUUCAUAAAUUUUACUUAUACAUACAUAAAGAAACAAUUGGUGAAUGUAGUAUAAUAUGCAAUUGAGGGGAUAAAAGCAUAUUGGUUAAAAUGUUUAACUUUGGUAACGGAUCUACGGAAGCCGGUGAGAGACGAGGAAGUAGAAAGUGAGGAGGCAGCGCUAAAUUAAAUACGAUAAACGACACGCGAGUUUACGUCUCAGUAAUUUUCCUUUUGUAAAAUCAAAUAUUGUCGUAUUUAUUUAAUGUCAAACGCAAAUCUCUGCUGGUGGGAAUGAUAGCUAAAAAGUGCCGUUGUUGAAACAAGGGCCAUAUGUAAUGCAGCAAGGUCACAACGAGCAAGUGGGCGAGUAGCAAGAUAAAUUCACUUCAUCGUUGAAAAAAAAAAGAUAUUGCGCACAUCAAAAUGGCUGGACUUAUCAACUUUGAAGAUGAGAAAGAAGUGAAGCAGUUUCUGGACAAUCUGGGUGUGGAGUACAGCUACCAGUGUUACAAGGACAACGACCCUGAAGGAUGCCAGAGGUUAGCAGACUACAUGGAAGGAGUGAAGCAAAACUAUGAAGCCACUGCCAAAGUGCUCAAACAUAACUGUGACAUAAAUUCUCACGCCGAGAGCUGCUACAAGUUGGGGGCUUACCAUGUCACAGGCAAAGGUGGCGUAAGUGAGUGCCUGAAAAGUGCAUACUCGUGCUUCCUACGAGCGUGCAACGCCGGUGGGAAAAAGUCCAUCGACGCCUGCCACAAUGUGGGCCUGCUGAGUCACGACGGGAGGGCCAUGGAGGGCGGCGGCCCCGACCUGGACACCGCUCGCCGCUACUACGACAAUGCGUGCGCAGGUGGCUUCGCCCCAUCCUGCUUCAACCUCAGCGCCUUGUACAUCGAGGGCAACGCCAAAGGGGUCAAGCCGGACAUGGCGACGGCGCUCAAGUACGCCAAACGGGCAUGCGAGCUGGGACACGUGUGGGGCUGCGCCAACGCCAGCCGCAUGUACAAGCUGGGCGACGGUACUGAGAAGGACGACAAGAAGGCAGAGGAGCUGAAGAAUCGGGCAAGGGAACUGCACGGUUUGCAAAAGGAGAGGCAGCUCAAAUUUGGGGAAUGACAACAAAAGAAACGUCUAUUGGGCCACUUGUGUGUGGGCGUCCAUCAUAAACUAAAUGUGUCAAAAAAAUACAACAUAUCUGGUGAAUUUCUUAAACUGCACUGUGCAGGGUGUUGUGAAAGUCGUAAGAAAACAGUAUGUAGAAUAUAAUUUUGACUUCACAUAUAAAUAUUGCAGAAACCAAUGAGGAACUAAGUAUAUUUUUAUAGUAAUGAGAUUUCCAAUAAAAUAUAUGUGAAGAACAAAAAAGUUAGGAAAAUGGUAAAAAUUAUUAUGAGAAAGAAGUUCUGUUCAAGAAAAAGUUGUAGUUGUGUUCUAGUACUGUAAUAUGUAAAAAGUGGAACAUUGUGACAAAAGUUGUGACUAUAAAUUUUAAAACAAUCUGCAAUAUUGUGAAAAAAGGUUUUAUUACAUAGAAGUUGCAAUAUAUGUGGUAAUGUAAAAAGGAAUUGCAACAUGGAAAAGAAAUGUUAAUUCUAGAUGAAAAAUUGUAAUAUUGUGUGAAAAUGUAGCAAUUUAAUGAGAACAAAAUUGUAAUAGAAUCAUGAAAAAAGUAACCAAAAAAAAGGAAAAACUUGCAAUAUGGUGAGAAAAAGUAUAGAAACGAAAGUACUUGUAUCAAAGAAAAGUUGGGACUAAAGGCCACCCGUUUUCUGACGUGCUUGUCCUCACAAGGGUCGUAGGAGUGCUGGAGCCAAUCCCAGCUAUCUUUGAACAGGAGGCGCAGUACACGCUGAACUGGUUGCCAGCCAAUCGUCGGGCAUAUUUAAAAACAACCAUUGGCACUCACGGGCAAUUUUAGAGUCUUCAAUGAACCUAGCAUGCAUGUUGUCGGGAUGUGGGAGGAAACCGGAAUGCCUGGAGAAAACCCACGCAGACACGGGGAGAACAUGCAGACUCCAUACAUGUGGGGCUGGGAUUUGAACCCAGGUGUUCAGAACUGUGAGGCAGAUGGUCUGACAGGUCUCAAACUCAAGGCCUGGGGGCCAGGUCUGGCCCGCCACAUAAUUUUAUGUGACUCACGAGGGCAAAUCAAGUGUAGCAACACCCAUUAUUUUUGUCCAAAUCUGUCCCCAAAUUUCAAAUUGUCAAAUCGUAAAUGACAAUGUUGAGAUAUUGCAAGCAUAUUCGUGUUAUCGAACGUGAACAAUAGUUUACCAAUACAUCACCGAUUCCAUUCCACUUCUAAUUCAUAAAUUUCACGUGUAAAUAUGAUGAUGCAAAAGAUUUUAAUGGUUUCACAGACAUUUAGGCCCUCUGAAAGAAACCGGAACUUGGCCCACAACAAAAAUUAGUUUGACACCCCUACUCC